AUGGAUCAAUCGACUGUUUCACAGGAUCAUAAUGAUCAUCAAUCAAAUACCAAACCAACUGAAUCCUUUCAACAAUUAUAUUUUACUAAAAAAACAUCUAAUCAAGUAAAAAAUAUCGUACAACCUACUAUAGAACGAUGGUCAUCAAUUACUCAACCUUCAAUGACAUUCUAUCGUGUUUACAUGCAAGAUACUUAUGAUAAUUAUUAUCAACCUGUCAACGAAGAACGUUUACGUUCAUCUAUUGAACAAUCAAAAGCAAUGGAAUAUGCUGGCCUUGAAAUAAUAUUUUUUUAA